UGGGGCCAACUGGAUGCGGCGGACGCGAAUGCGACUGCGGCCACUGGUGGUGGCGAUGACUGCGACGAGAGCGGAGCAGGUCGCCCUCGACGAGGCAAGUGGUCGACUGAUGCUAAUGGCGCUGCGAAGGGGGCGUACGUUGACCCCAAGCGAGUGCGAUAGCGGGCAUCGAUCCUCUAUAAUCAUAAAUCAAGGUCAUAAAUGUUAUCUGACGGAAUACGGACAACAAGCGAUCCAAGUAACCACCGUACGGCAACUAUUAACUCGUAAAAAGUACUUAUCUGCCAUCUUCGAGGAACUAUCCAAAAAACGCUAUUGUUCAUGGAUUUUUGGGCAAAAAAAAACUUUAUGAAC